GUCUUAGAGUGGAACUGCAUGUAGACAGCUCAUGCUAAACUGUGUAUUCACCAGAGACAGCUGUUUUGGCAGAAGAUAGAAGUUACAGAAGAAAAGUUGAUGCGUUGGCACUUCUGUUUCAUACAUUGCCCUCAGUUCCCUUGAUCUCAGACAUAAAGGAUGCGCUGGCAGUCUGGCUGCCAGUUUUCUGCCUGGCUUCUUGUAAAAUGAGAAACAGCAAUACUGUAGGACUUGAUUCAUUUGCUUAAACAUAAGCUUCUAGAGUUAUCUGAGAUGCCCUGGGUAAUCCUGCCCUCCUGCCUGUCCAGGAUGGGCUCAUUUUCCUGUGCACCCAUCAUUACGUCUACCAGCCUCAUGUGGGUGCUUCAGAUAUCCUAGGGCAUCUCAGAGGGCACUGGAUGCUUAUGUGUGAGCAACUGAAGCAUCUUUCCUUGUAGCAACUUCCCUGCUGAAGGUCUCUAAUGAACUGUUCUCUCUCAGUAUUAUCUCCUCGAUCUUAGGGAAUAUAUGCAUGCCAAAAGUGGGAGUAAUCUUGGUUCUACACUGAAAAUUAGAACUUCUGAGAAUAAAGACUCAGUAUACCCAUCAGCUACCCUUCACCCCUGUUCUCUUUAAAGAGCAAGACAUGUAUUUGUCAUCUAUUUUGUUAGGGCAGCAUGUGUUUGAAAGGCUUGGCUAAGUAUGUGGGAAGCAAAGACCAGGCACCUCUGUAUGUUUCAAAGUCAGAACUCUUCCAGUUUCAGAGUGGAACAUCUAAAAACUUUGUUUUCUUACAUGUUACCUUUUAUGCUAGAAUUGACAAUUUAAAUCCAUGGGAGUUUGAUUAUGUUGUGAUGAGAUGCAUGGUAACAUAGUAGCUCUGAUUCACUAACUUUGUAAUGAACUUAGGACUAGGUCUAUGUUCACCUACAAACAAGAUUAUGUAAAUUUAUCAAUUGUUAACUUGAUAAUGUCAUCAGCAUAAUUAUUCUGUUGCUCAGUAGCCGUGAUCUGUACACACACCAUUGAGUAAAUGAUGGGGUAAUGCUCAUUGUGGCUUCUUGUCUAUCCAGGGACAAGUGGUAUGUCCUCAAGGACCUUUCUUGGCAUGUUAUCCUUAUUGGGCCGCUAGCUCCUCUUUUCCUCGCUAUGCUCUACAUUUUUCCUAUCUUAUCUACUGCUUCUGUAUUCCACGUUUCCUAUGACUGAUCUGUAAACAUGUCCGCAGACCUGCUAUGGUGUGAGGAUUGCGGUAAAAGCCUUAUAGGAGAAUGCAAACUCCAUGGACCACUCAUCAGGGCUAAAGACAGGGUUAUUCCUAGCCGAGCCCGUCUCACCCUACCUCACUACCUUACUUUGCGAGUGUUGGAGCUGCGAGCUGGAAACCAGCAGAUCCUUGGAGUAUUUGCAAAGAAAGUAAUACAGAAGAGAACACAGUUUGGUCCUUACGUUGGUCAACUGUCUACAAAAUUGACCUGCUAUGAUGAGAGUAGGCUAGUUCUGCAGGUAUUGAAAGAUGGAGGGAAGUACUUUCUGGACACUCCCAAUGAAGACUGUGGAAACUGGAUGAUGUUUGUCCGGCUAGCCCGGAACCAAGAAGAACAGACCCUUGUGGCUUAUCAGCACUGUGGAGAAGUCUACUUUACAACUGUUAAGCCAAUCGAGCCCCACACGGAAUUGAAAGUAUGGUACGCUGCCGAUUAUGCCAAAUUUAUGGAAACUUCUGCAGUCUUCAUUAAAGAAGAAUCUGAUGUCAGUCCUUUGCCUGUAGUAGCAAAAGAGCCAGUAGACCCUUGGAUAUGCUCCAGCUGUAGAAGUACUUUUGCAACUUUUGCUCUGCUGGAAUCUCACCAGUGCAUCAAUAAAGACCGAGUCCUUACCACCAGGCUCAGACCACCAAAUAAAUUAGGAUCCUUAAAAGCAAAAAGCAAAUUCAAAGGGAAACUGAGAGGAUCGGCAUUAGGCAAAACCAUUGCUCAGUGCUAUGGGACCAUUUCCUGUUCCUCUGCUGCGAAGCUUAGCUGUGCCAGCUCAGGAAACACUUGUGAUGCUCUUGUGAGGUUUAUACCUAAAUGGAGAAAUGGCCGGUCUUCACUGUUGAAGGGAAGAGAAGUGAAGCAGCCAGACAGUUACCCUUGCCGACUCUGUGGGAAGAUAUUUGAUUCCAUUGAAAAGCUCACAGUCCACACUUACGUGCACAAAGCGGAGCGCCCCUACAAGUGUUCGCAGCACGGAUGCACAAAAGCCUUCAUUUCCAAAUAUAAACUGCUCAGACACUCAGCCACUCAUUCUCCACAGAAAUCUCACCAGUGUGGCUACUGUGAAAAGACAUUUCAUAGGAAAGACCAUCUAAAGAAUCACCUUCAGACUCAUGACCCAAACAAGAUGGCCUUCAAGUGUGAAGAGUGUGGAAAGAAGUACAACACCAAGCUAGGUUAUAAGAGACACUUGGCUCUUCAUUCAGCCACCAGUGGGGACCUUACCUGUAGAGUAUGUGCUCAGGAGUUCGGUGGCACUGAAGUUUUGUUGGAACACCUCAAAAGUCACGCAGGGAAACCAACUGGCAAUACCAAGGAGAAGAAACAUAAGUGUGACCAUUGUGAGCGUCACUUCUAUACCCGUAAAGAUGUGCGGCGUCACAUGGUGGUUCACACAGGUUGCAAAGACUUUCUGUGCCAGUUUUGUGCCCAGAGGUUUGGGCGGAAGGACCACUUGACUCGCCACACGAGGAAGACUCAUCCACAAGAACUGCUCAAGAGCAGGUUGCAGAAUGGUGACUCAGUAGGUCUCCUUGACCAGCUUUUUCCAUUCAGACUGAAGGAAGAUGCCAGCAUAUUGUCCCCUUUUCCUGAAAGGGUCUCGGUGCAGAAUGGAAUUUUGAAUAAUUCAGAACCAAAGGAAUACAACUGUUCACAUCUUCAUCCCCAGCCAAGCUUACAGACUGCUCUUUCUAUUGAACCUCCUCUUUUGCAAAGAAUGGGCUGUGCAGAUAGCCUUGCAGCUGUCCCUCCCACACCGUGCUCAACAGCCAUCCCUGCCAACCUGAACCUUCACCAGUCGAAUAAGUAUGACCUUAGCUCUACCUCAUUUGCAGCAGGCUCCCUCAAGAAUCUUCCGAUCAAAGUGGAUGUUAAAGGUUACAACGUCCAUCUUCUAGAGGACCUGCCAUCACCAGAACCUCAGUCUCUCCACAAAAUCAGUCUGGAAGAAGCUUCCUCAGGGCCUGUAGUUGAUACUAACAAGUACCCAGUGCACAAGGAGACAGAGACAGCAGCUGAAACUACCAGCAUGCCUUUCAUGGAUCUCACUCAUGUGAUGAGUUUCUGGCAACUCCCACAAGGUGACAACCAGAGCACUACUGGGGAUAUCGCGAUGCCAUUUGGUCCAGAGGAACCAUCACAUAGGCUGAAUGGCCUCAGCCAACAGCAAGGUCUACAGCUAGCAGCUGGUGGCAUGGCCAUAAACCAGCUGCAUCAUCUCCCUCGCUCCUUCCCAUCCACUACAAAUUCUGUAACGUUGCCUCAUUUUCAUCAUGCCUUCAAGUAACUAUGCUUUUUUUUUUUUCUUUUCUUUUUUUUUUUUUUUAAAGAAAAAGACUGUGCUUCUUACUUAAAUCUGUUAGGAAGGGUAUUUUUUUGUUUUUCUUCUGUUUCAAGAAAAACUGUCCCAGUUUUGUGUUGGUUUUUUUUUUUGUUUUUAAAGCAUGUUAUGGACAUGGUAGUUCAAUUCAGAAUGUUAAUAAACAAGAAGCUCUAUUUUUCAUACUAUUAUUAAUUUUUAGCAUAUGACAGUAGUAGGACUAAUGUACUUCCCUCAGUACCCUCGGUAUUCUUGUUUCUUCCCUUUUAAACAAACAGCUUAAUGUCUUCAAUAAUAGCAAAGCCUUGUAAUGAAUGAGGCACAAUGAUAACUAUGGCUGCUACAGUAGGCAAAAUAGGGUGAGGGUGAAGGGGGGAGGAAGGGGGAAAACAACAGAGGAAUAAUUCUGAUGAGCCAUAAAUCACAGGAAAUGUAUACACGUGGCAAACUUAAGGUGAACAGUUUAUCAGCGUGAUACAGAUUUUUUCUAAGCAUUUACUUAAUUACUAAAUUUUAUGAAUCUUUAAAUCAAAAUGAUUCCAAGAGUAAAUCUUUCCUUCUCAUUUCACUCAUUUAAAGCAAAGAAAAUCAGGGUUGUGAUUACAUCUAAGUAGACGUCUGUUUUAUUCUGAAGUGCACUUUGGCUGUGUGCAUCUCCUGCGUUUUUCCACUGCUGCACGACUACACCUAAGCAGAUGUCUUGUAUAGGUGUAGUUUGCAGAAUGGGAAGUGAAUUGUCUCAAAGAUUGGAGUAGAACUUGAUCAUUAGCAAGAUGCAGGAACCUGGUCUAUCUCUAGUAAAGUAUUUGCUUAAAUUUAAGCACGUGUGCUCUCAUUGGGUCAACAGCUUGCAUGAUUUAACACCCAAUAAUAAAGUAAUGCUUCUUACCUAAGGGGCCUUUAUCUAACUUCUGUUGAUUAAAAAAAUGGCUUUUGUCUGGGGGACGAUUCUUAAUUAUAGCUAUCCGAAAGAUGGGCUCCUUGAUAGAAAGCUGGCCCUGCCAAAGCAGCUUGCCCAGGGGAUCCUCCAGCCAAGGUCAGCCUUCGGUGAGGCUGUGGUAGGUCCCCAUGCAGAAGGGCUUGUGGUGGUUACCUCAGGAUGGGCCCUCUUCAAAACCACGAGCUGUAAACCUGCCUCAAAAGCAUCAUAGGAAAUCAGCAAGUAUGGUAAUAUGGUAACAGUCGGAUGUUUUGCUCAGUGGUAUUGUGGUAGUUACACCUGAAUCAGAAUCACGACUUACUUACAUUUGCUUCCUAUAGCGAACUGCUGUAUGUAUCCAGCUGGUGUAGGUGUUACAGCCCCGUCCCCUGAACAACCAGCAGAAAUUGCAAAAUAAAAAAAUAACAUCUCCCAACAGGUAACAUUUAAACAAACAAUCAACUUCAGAAUUUACUUGCUGCCUUGCACAGCCCAGACUUAAAAAAACAAAGCACCAUUUUAGCAUACGAUGCCAUUACUAGUGGGUUCUAUUGCAGCUGAAACAGAUGCAGAAGUUCUGAAUCAGAAUAAGCAAUCUCUAAUAUUAAAUUCACUUAGAAUUAAUAGUGCCUAAUGAUAAUUACAGCUGUACCACAAAGCGAGCUUGUUCUCCCUCGGUAAUCACAGGACUAUUUCCAGGCAACUUCAAAUAAAAAACAACGUUUGUAAAUCAUG